AUGCCCUUACUGCACACCUAUGGUCAAAUGCUGCAGUCCGUGGCCAGGAUCAACACAGCCGUACGCUGGGACGACGAAGAACUGAUGGACCCCAGUGCCAAACUGCCCGAGGUCUACCCAUUCGCAGGGGCGCUGUACCAGAGGGAGCUGGCUGCUCUCCAGCGGCAGAAACCACAGGGUGAGCUGACUCUGGAGGAACUGUACGUUGCUGUGGAGAUGCUCUCGGCAGUGGCACUGAUAAAUCGAGCCUUGGAGGCCGGAGACGUCGGGGCGUUUUGGAGCAGCCUGCUCACCCCAGCGACGGGCCUGACCGAGGUCAAGGACAAGAGUGUGCAGCGGUAA